AUGCCCACCCAAUCUAAAACCACCGAUAGCGAGCACGCCCGUCUGCAAAAUGACUACGGCGCAGACUACUGGGUUCGGAAUUCUGCUCAACAGCAUCGUCGCGCAACAGCCGGACGAGGCCUCUUCGCCGGGUUACAAGAUGUAAAGCACUACAACGUCGAUCACGGCUGGGCUAAACGCAAGUCUGAGACUGCAGAGCCUGGUAUUCUUGGGUCGCUCUGGAGUCGACUUACUGGACUUUGA